AUGCGUCGCUCUGUCUUACGGGCCGUGGAGUCCGCAAAGCCACUUGCUCGCGUGCCUCGUUCGGUGUCGAGAGGCUUUGCUACUGAGGCCGGCUCCAAGGAUCCCGCCGAGCUUGAACAGAUCACUACGCUGCCAAACGGCAUUCGCGUCGCCACCGAAUCUUUGCCCGGACCCUUCUCCGGCGUCGGCGUUUACAUCGAUGCUGGAUCCCGAUAUGAGGACGAGAGUCUGCGGGGUGUGAGCCACAUCAUGGAUCGACUGGCUUUCAAGUCGACAAAGACGCGCUCCAGUGAUGAGAUGCUUGAGACUCUCGAGAAUCUGGGCGGCAACAUUCAGUGCGCUUCUUCCCGCGAGUCGCUGAUGUAUCAGUCCGCUAGCUUUAACUCCGCCGUUCCUACAACCCUCGGCCUGUUGGCGGAAACGAUCCGUGAUCCGCUCAUAACUGAGGAGGAAGUCCUUCAGCAAUUGGCCACGGCCGAAUAUGAGAUCGGAGAGAUUUGGGCCAAACCGGAGCUUAUCCUGCCCGAGCUGGUCCACAUGGCGGCUUACAAGGAUAACACACUGGGCAACCCUCUGCUAUGUCCGGAAGAGAGGCUGGGAGCAAUCAACAAGGCCGUUGUCGAAAAGUAUCGCGAGACUUUCUUCAACCCCGAGCGGAUGGUCGUUGCGUUUGCCGGCGUGCCUCACCAGACGGCUGUUGGCCUCACGGAGCAGCUUUUCGGCGACAUGAAGAGUCAUCAAGGCCCUAGCUUGUCCGGCAGCGGCGUUGACACCACUUUGUCAGAAGGCCAGGAGCCCACUGUUCCGCAGUUUACUCCCACAUCCACUAUCUCGACUCCUGCUGCCUCCCAGAAGGCGCAGCCUAGUCUCUUCUCUAAGCUACCCUUCCUGAAGAACCUUUCCACAUCUGGCUCCAACGAGGCCGUCACGCCAUCGGAAUCAGACUUGACGAGUCCUUCGCGCUACACCGGUGGCUUCCUUUCUCUUCCGCCGAUCCCUCCGCCCGCGAACCCCAUGCUUCCUCGGUUGAGCCAUAUCCACCUCGCCUUCGAAGCUUUGCCUAUCUCCAACCCCGAUAUCUAUGCUCUUGCCACUCUUCAAACCCUUCUCGGAGGAGGCGGAUCGUUCUCUGCUGGCGGUCCCGGCAAGGGAAUGUAUUCUCGUCUUUACACAAACGUGCUCAACCAGCACGGAUGGGUUGAGAGCUGCAUUGCGUUCAACCACAGUUAUACCGACAGCGGAAUCUUCGGAAUCUCUGCAUCCUGCAGCCCGACCCGCACUACGGAGAUGCUUGAGGUUAUGUGCCGCGAACUCCAGUCGCUGACCAUCGACUCCGGAUUUGCGUCCUUGCAACCUCAGGAGGUUAACCGGGCGAAGAACCAGCUGCGCUCCUCCCUCCUUAUGAAUCUGGAGUCGCGUAUGGUUGAGCUGGAAGAUCUCGGCCGUCAGGUCCAGGUCCACGGUCGCAAGGUCGGCGUGAAGGAGAUGUGCGAGCAAAUCGAGGCACUGACCGUGGAAGAUCUGCGCCGGGUGGCACGACAAGUCUUCGGAGGCAAUGUUCAGAACAAGGGACAGGGUACCGGUAAGCCGACUGUGGUGCUGCAGGAAGGUGAACUGGAAGGCUACAAGCUUCGUUCAUUCCCUUGGGAGGAAAUUCAGGAGCGCAUUGCGCGGUGGAAGUUGGGCCGGAGAUAA